AGUCAUGGAUGUUCGUAACUAUCUCCUCACUUCGCUACAGCAGUACCGCGAUCCACAAAGAACUUUUAGAGAUGUCGAUACCGCUUUGCAAAUGUACGGGUCUUUAAAGCCCAAGAUGGACACUUAUACCUAUGACCACGGUGAUACGCAACUACUGCUCUGUUUGUACGGAACCACACCCAUCACCUACCGAGCUUCUCCAUAUAAUAUACCAGUCGCCAUAUGGAUCCCUAUCGAAUACCCAAUGAGUCCACCUAUCUUCUACGUCAGACCUACCUCCAACAUGCUUGUACGACCUGGCAUAAACGUGGAUGUUAGCGGCUUUUGCUACCAUUCAUAUCUUUCAACUUGGAAAGAGGAUGUUGUGAGCCAUAAUCUCGCUGAACUUAUUGCUAUCUUCCAACAAGUGUUUGGAAAAGAACCUCCAGUUUAUACAAAACCUCCAAACACCUCCACCCCUUCACCUAAUAGCACACCUCCCAUCACCAAUGCUCGAAUGCCCACCACAAAUAGCCCAGCAAGUAACAAGAUAUCUUCUCCAGCCUCAUUAUCUUAUCCAUCCCCCGUCAAGAAUACCGUCGAUGGCACUGCCUUCUACAAUCUUAGCCAGGUCUUUUCGAACCUGGGAGUAUCGCAAACAAAUUAUCAAAAUGCAGCUUCUCCACCCACCCGACCUUCGCCUGGUCAACCGCCCGCGGGGCAAGCACCCAGUCCGGGGGACCUGACUCCACUGCAACAGCAAGUGUAUCGAAAGCUAGUGGAUAGAAUGAAAGAAUUCAAAAUGACCGUCUCAGUCGAUAUGGAUCGAUUACUAGAGGCCAACAAGCAACUCAACAUUGGAGAACAUCAAAUUGCUUACGAACAUCAAGUGUUAGUAGAUGUCAAGCAACGGUUACAAAACAACAUUGAGGUUGUCAAACAGAAGAACCAGGAAUUGGAAAAGGCGGUAGAAGACUUAAAUACUAUACCUGAUAUUGAAGUGGACGAAUCUCUAUGCGGAACUACGGUUGUUUAUAAUCAGCUCUUCGACCUGGUUGCGGAAGACAAUGCUAUCGUCGAUACUAUCUACUACCUUAGUCGAGCGUUGAACAGUGAGGUGAUUGACUUGGCCACGUUUAUGAAGCUCACGAGAGCACUAAGCAAGGAGCAAUUUAUGAAGCGUGCGUUGGUUCAAAAGAUCCGAGAAUCUGUCGGAUUUACAGUGUAAAAUAUUAUAGUGCUUUGAUAGAAUAAAAAAUAUGACGCUUUAUCUUUUGU